CGCCCGCCGCGCCCGCCGCUCCCGCCGCCGCCGCUCCCGCCGCCGCUCCCCGCCGCCGCCGCCGCCGCGCUGCAGGACUGGCUAUGGCCACCACUACUUCCGGGUUCCGUCACUUCAUUCUCCCGCCGAUCAGCGCCGCAAAACUGAGCCUCUUCUAUAAGGCAGCCGGCAGCCAACCUGCCAACACUUACUGACACUCACUCAUCCCAGGAGUGAGGGAGAGAGCGAGACAAAAUACCUGCCGGGAGGAGGAAAAAAAAAAAAAAAAAAAAAGGAGAGAGGGGGAAGUCCGGGCUUUGCAAACUAUUCAAUUUUUUCUUCGCAUCUUUCCCCACCCCCCCUUCACAGUACUUUGAAAAAAAACAAAACAAAACCAAAACCAACAACCCUAUAAGCGAUCCUAAAAGGCAAAACCCGAGCACGGAGUUACUGGAAGAAGAAACCGGGGUUAAAAAGAUUCCUCCUCUCUUCUUCAUCAUCAUCAACCAUCAUUCAUUCACUACCUUGACAUUCCCUGGCUUUGAUUGACAGCUGGAGUGGCAAAAAGCCAUGAGACACGACAGUUUGGUUACAUGUGGGUUGCUGACGGGCCGAUCGUAACCUUCAGUUUGGGGGCUUGACAAUUAUUUUUUUUUUUUUUUUUUUUUUUUUUUUUUUUUUUUUGCGUAGAGAAAGAAAAAAGGAAAAAGAGACACAGAAAAAGGAAAGAGAAAGAGACAGAAAAAAAGAAGAAAACACAGAAACUCAUCGUGGUUCUUGACUGUUUUUUUAUAUAUUGUUGUUGUUGUUGUUGUUGUUAUUAUUUACCCAUAUUGGAGGAUAGGAGAAGUCUAUAAGUGGGUUGCAAAAAAAAAAAAAAAAGGAAUCUUCUUCACUCUAAAUCACUUUCUUUGCUGGACUGGGAUAUUAAAUAUACGACACAUCCAGGAGUUUAUUGGAGCGCAGACUGAUGGCGCAAAGGUACGAUGAGCUGCCCCACUACGGCGGGAUGGACGGAGUAGGGGUGCCGGCGUCCAUGUACGGGGACCCCCACGCCCCCCGGCCGAUCCCCCCGGUGCACCACCUCAACCAUGGGCCGCCGCUCCACGCCGGACAGCACUACGGCGCCCACGCCCCGCACCCCAAUGUCAUGCCGGCCAGCAUGGGCUCCGCUGUCAACGACGCCCUGAAGCGGGACAAGGAUGCGAUCUACGGGCACCCGUUGUUCCCCCUCUUAGCUCUGGUCUUUGAGAAGUGCGAGCUGGCGACCUGCACGCCCCGGGAGCCCGGAGUGGCCGGCGGGGACGUCUGCUCGUCCGACUCCUUCAACGAGGACAUCGCCGUCUUCGCUAAACAGGUCCGCGCCGAAAAACCACUUUUUUCUUCAAAUCCAGAGCUGGACAAUUUGAUGAUCCAAGCAAUACAAGUACUAAGGUUUCAUCUUUUGGAAUUAGAAAAGGUUCAUGAAUUGUGUGAUAAUUUCUGCCAUCGGUACAUUAGUUGUUUGAAAGGAAAAAUGCCAAUAGACCUUGUUAUUGAUGAAAGGGAUGGCAGCUCCAAAUCAGACCAUGAAGAACUCUCAGGAUCUUCCACAAAUUUAGCCGAUCAUAAUCCUUCAUCUUGGAGAGACCACGAUGAUGCAACCUCAACGCACUCGGCAGGCACACCAGGGCCCUCCAGCGGGGGCCACGCUUCCCAGAGCGGAGACAACAGCAGCGAGCAAGGUGAUGGUUUAGACAACAGUGUAGCCUCACCUGGUACAGGAGAUGAUGAUGACCCAGACAAGGACAAAAAGCGUCAGAAGAAAAGAGGCAUUUUCCCCAAAGUAGCAACAAAUAUCAUGAGAGCGUGGCUUUUCCAGCAUCUCACACAUCCAUAUCCUUCAGAGGAGCAGAAGAAACAGUUAGCCCAAGACACGGGACUUACAAUUCUACAAGUAAACAACUGGUUUAUUAAUGCCAGAAGAAGAAUAGUACAGCCUAUGAUUGACCAGUCAAAUCGAGCAGGCAAGUUCCAAGUAGUAUCUGUAUUCAAGUCCCACAGGCGCAAAUCCUCAUCAAGUUAUUCUUCAGGAGUCCCAUCACCUGGUUUUCUUCUUGAUCCUUCAGUGAGCCAAGGAGCAGCAUAUAGUCCAGAGGGUCAGCCGAUGGGAAGCUUUGUGUUGGAUGGUCAGCAGCACAUGGGAAUCCGGCCUGCAGGACCUAUGAGUGGAAUGGGCAUGAAUAUGGGCAUGGAUGGGCAAUGGCACUACAUGUAACCUUCAUCUUGUAAACCAGUCGCAAAGCAAGGGGGAAGUUUGCAAGGCAUGCCAGGGGACUACGUAUCUCAGGGUGGUCCUAUGGGUAUGAGUAUGGCACAGCCAAGUUACACUCCUCCCCAGAUGACCCCACACCCAACUCAAUUAAGACAUGGACCCCCAAUCCAUUCAUAUUUGCCAAGUCACCCCCACCACCCAGCCAUGAUGAUGCACGGAGGACCCCCUAUCCACCCUGGAAUGACCAUGUCAGCACAGAGCCCCACAAUGUUAAAUUCUGUAGACCCCAGUGUUGAUGGACAGGUUAUGGACAUUCAUGCCCAAUAGUAUAAGGGAACUCAAGGGAAAAACAAAACAAAAACAAACAGAAACUAUUUUAAGACUUUUGAACUUUGACCAGAUGUUGACACUUAAUACGAAAUUCCAGACAGCUGUGAUUAUUUUUUACUUUUUGUCAUUUUUCAUCAACAACAGAGGACCAAUGAAACAAGAACACAAAUGUGAAAUCAUGGGCUCACUGAAAUGAACAUGUCCAUGUACAGAUCCUCUGGAAAAAAAAAAGACUCCAAGAGUUAUAACUACUGUAGUAUAAACAUAGGAACUAAGUUAACUUGUACAUUUCUGUUGAUCACUCCGUUACGUUGCCUCAAAUAGUUUUAGAAGAAAAAAAAUCCUUGUUUUCCACACUAUGUGUGUUGUUCCCAAAAGAAUGACUGUUUUGGUUCAGCAGUGAAGUCACUAUCCAUGAAAGACCUGUUUUGGCCAGUGAGAAAAGAACUACCCUGGAGAUGAAGAUGAAAAGUCUUGCUGGGUCUCUCAUCACUCAGAAGACUGUUCCAAGAAGGCCUUGCCAUUCCCUCAUUUUGUUCCUUCAUAAAAUGUGUCCUUUAGUUUCAAACAGAUCUUUAUAGUUUGUGCUUCAUUAAGUCUCUCCCCAUUCCUCCCAAUCUUUUUUUUUUUUUGGACUCUUCUUCAAAGAGCUUGCAGGUGAAGAUUUAAAAGACAGAACAGACAGAGCAGAAGCUUCUUCCAGUAGUUCUGAGCCUUGGCUUUGGACAAAACAAAACUAAAAGUUGGGCAGCUUUCCUCAAUGAAAGAAGUUACUAACGGUCUUUGCACCAAACCUAGGACUUUAUCAUGAACUCAAAGCUUGGGAAAAAAAAAAAAGCAAGAGAAUACUGUAACAAACUUCGUACAGAGUUCGGUCUAUUAAUUGUUUCAUGUUAGAUAUUCUAUGUGUUUACCUCAAUUGAAAAAAAAAAAAGAAUGUUUUUGCUAGUAUCAGAUCUGCUGUGGAAUUGGUAUUGUAUGUCCAUGAAUUCUUCCUUUCUCAGCACGUGUUCCUCACUAGAAGAAAAUGCUGUUACCUUUAAGCUUUGUCAAAAUUUACAUUAAAAUACUUGUAUGAGGACUGUGACGUUAUGUUUUAAAAAGAAAAAAAAAAGGUGUUAAGUCACAAAAUGCGGUAAUAAAUAUUUCAUUUUUGAUUUUUU